AGGGUUUUCGUACAUGCGCAGAUAGUAUCUGCCGCUUUACCGCCUUUAGAAUCAUUGCUUUGUGCAGUUUUAACAUGUUUCAUAUCGGCACAGAGGAGGUAACUACCGGGGGUGAGAGGUCAGAGCCUUUAGGAACCCCGGAGGUGACCCCGGUGGACAGAACUGGGCCAGAAACCACCCCGUACGGGCCCGCGUCUGCGUCCUCACAGUCAAGCCGGCCAAGCCGGGACGGAGCUAGCGCGAGCUCCGGCUACUGCGCAGGGCUUUGUGUUGAAGGCCGGUUCCAGCACGUUGUCAGCGCAGGCGGGUCACAUCUGCCCGUGCCGUCGUCUGUAUCGUAUGAAUCCUCCAUCUGCAGCCGUGGAGGAACACCAGGACUCAGAAGAACCCCCGGGUCGUGUGGCGGACGCCCUGCUCGGACUCCUCUGCCCGAUCACACUGCGACAAGCAGCUCCUCGGCCAACGCGUCCUCCGGUGCCUCGGUGGUCGUGGCAGUGGUUGAAGGCCGUGGUUUGGCCAGAGGCGAGAUCGGCAUGGCUAGCCUCAACUUGAAAUGUCCAGAGCUGGUCCUGUCACAGUUUGCAGACACAGGCACCUAUGCCAAGGUCAUAACCAAAAUUCACAUCUUGGUGCCAUUGGAAAUUCUGAUGCCAGACACAUCCAGUGAAAAGGGGAAGGGGACAAAGCUGUUCAACCUCAUCACCGAGAACUUCCCGGGUGUAGCAUUCACUGCAAUCCAGAGGAAGUACUUUAAUGAGAGGAAAGGACUAGAGUACAUUCAGCAGCUGUGUACUCCAGAAUUUGGCACUGUCCUCAUGGAAGUGCAAGCUAAAUAUUAUUGCCUAGCAACUGCAGCUGCUUUGCUGAAAUACCUGGAGUUCAUCCAGAACUCUGUCUACGCUGCCAAGUCUCUUAAAGUGAUUUUUAAAGGGAGCGAACAGACGGCUAUGAUUGACUCAGCAUCUGCCACUAACUUGGAGUUAGUCACGAAUAAUAGAAACCACAGGAGCGAACAUACACUUUUAGGGGUACUUAACUACACGAAGACACCUGGUGGUGCCAGAAGAUUGCGCUCCAAUCUUCUGGAGCCUCUACUUGAUGUGGACACCAUCAGCAUACGCUUGGAUACCAUACAGGAACUGCUAGAGAAUGAGGAACUCUUCUUUGGUCUGAAGAAUGCUAUAGGGCAUUUCCUUGACAUUGACCAGCUGCUCUCUGUUCUUGUCCAAAUUCCAAAGCAGGAAACCGUUCAAGUGGCAGAGGCAAAGAUAACGCAUGUCAUUCAGCUGAAACACACACUGGAUUUAGUGCCAAGGUUGAGGAUGACACUGAAGAACUGCAACACAGCCCUGCUGAAGGCAUACAGUGCCUCACUGGACGACGACAGGUUUGAUAUGAUUCUGGAGCAGAUCAAGACAGUGAUUAAUGAUGAAAUUACCUACAUGAAGGGGAGCCUGAACAUGCGCACCCAGAAGUGUUACGCCGUUCGCCCCAACAUCAAUCAGUUCCUGGAUAUUGCCCGGAGAGCGUACACCGAGAUAGUAGACGACAUUGCAGGGCUCGUGAACCAGAUGGGGGAGAAGUAUGGUUUGCCAAUGCGUACCAGCUUCAGCACAGCUAGAGGGUUCUUUAUCCAGGUGAAACUUGAAGGAGUGGCUUUACCUGAAGGAAAGCUGCCCUCAGAGUUCAUUAAGGUUACUAAGAAUAAGAACAACUAUGGCUUCACCACUGUGGACCUGAUGAGGAUGAAUGACCGUUGUGAUGAGGCACUGAGGGAGAUCUUUCACAUCUCCUAUGUGGUGAUAUGUCAAUUACUGCACACUAUCCAUGAGCACAUCCACUGCCUCUACAAGCUGUCUGAUGCUGUAUCCAUGCUGGACAUGCUGCUGUCGCUUGCAAAUGCAUGCACCGUCUCAGACUAUGUGCGUCCAGAGUUCACAGACACGCUGGCCGUGAAGCAGGGUCGCCACCCCAUCCUGGAGCGCAUAUCUGGACAGCAGCCUAUUUCAAACAAUAGCUACAUUUCAAUGGGCAGCAACUUUGUCAUCAUCACUGGACCCAAUAUGAGCGGCAAAUCAACCUACCUCAAACAGGUGGCACUUUGUCAGAUCAUGGCCCAGAUAGGCUCUUUUGUCCCUGCUGAGUAUGCCUCUUUUCGUGUUGCUGAUCAGAUUUUCACCAGAAUUGGUGUAGAUGAUGAUUUUGAAACGAACUCUUCCACAUUUAUGCUGGAAAUGAAAGAGAUCUCCUACAUAAUCCACAAUGCAAGUGACAGGUCCCUAAUCAUCAUAGAUGAGCUGGGACGUGGCACGAGUGCUGAGGAGGGCAUUGGCAUUUGUCACUCGGUUUGUGAAUUCCUCCUUAGCCUCCAGGCGUUCACCCUCUUUGCAACACACUUCCUUGAGCUGUGCCAGCUGGAGGCUCUUUAUCCCAACGUGGAGAACCAACACAUGGAAGUUCAGCAUACUCGCAGCAGGGAUACUGGUGCUGAGCAUGUGGAGUAUACGUACUUGAUAAAACGGGGCUGCUCUGAGGAAAGACACUAUGGCCUAAAGGCAGCAGAAAUGACCGCCCUUCCCUCAACAAUAACCCAAGAAGCAAAGACAAUUGCCUCAAAAGUUAGCCAGCAACUUCUGGCCAAACAUCAUAGUGAUCCGGAAACACAGAGACAGAGAGCUGUGUACCACCUGGCCACUCGCCUCCUGCAGGCUGCCAGGAACUCCAGACUGGACCCAGACAGCCUGCGUAUGUAUUUGAAAGGCCUGAAGAAGCAGUAUGAGGCAGAGGUGCAGGCCAUAGGCCAGUCAAUGGACGUAGAGGAGGAAUAACUGAGUCAGCUUCACAGUGGGGACGGCAGUAACACAGCAAUGAACGAUCUAUUUUUAUCUCUCUGUUUAAACUGGCUCAUUAAUAUAUUAUAUUAUUAUUCCAGCUAUCUUAUUUAUUACAAAUAAACGCUCUAAGACCAAGUAGAUUCAU